AUCCGUUACGUUAACAUGAGUGCGUUUUCACAGCCUGACGACGUCAAUCACGUUAUUAUACGGGGAACUCCGCUGUACAGUAAUUCCAACAUGACCGCAAUAACGAGCCUGUCCGACGAUGUGCUCAGCAUGAUCCUGGAACUUGAGAUCAUCAGCAUCGAAGACAUUAUGAGUUUCAGAUGCGCGUGCAACCGUUUUUCCAAGGCGGUCAGCCCCAACAAUUUACUUUGGCGAAAAAAAUUUUUUCAAAGAUGGCCUAAUUUAAAAAGCAAAUACAAUCAUGAGAACAUAAAUUAUGAACAACAUGUUAUAAGGAGCAUACAAUGCAGAAAAAACUUACAUCAGUAUUUGUCUCUGAUGCCAGAGAAAUUUUAUCAUGUAAAGUAUUUAAUCGAUGAGGACAUGAAUGAUUUUAAUUUGUCAUUCUGGUUAGACACAGAAGUGUCUGAAUCAAAUUAUGAUUUUUUAAUGGAUGAAUUAGAUAAUAUAUUUGUACCGUCAUGCAACAAUUUAACGCAAGUCCAUUAUGCCCAAAGUCUUAUGACAUAUAUCAAGCACUCUUAUUUGAGGAGAAAAUGGCAGAAAUUUAUAAAUAAACCUCAGAAACAACAAAUUCUAGAAGAUGCAGUUAGUAUUGUUGAAGACUGGGUGAAGGGAAGACAGAGAAGGGAAGACAGGAAUUGUACAAUUAAUGUUCCAGAAAUGCUUGAUACGAUUGCAGACAAAGUACUGGACAAUCUUAGAAAAGAAUAUCCGAAUCAUUCCAUAUUUUCGGCACCUUCGGAGCUAUUUACCUACUGUAAAUAUAAUAAUAUUGUUGAUAAUUAUUGGGAUAAGAAUGAAGGAAGACAAGUUCUAGAUGCAAUCCGUAAAGUUUUAUACGACGAAUUAGGCUUCAAAGGAGUUCGGAAUCCAGAGAUCUCGUUUGAUGGUACAUCAAGUAUAGAUAACGACAUUUUUUUUGUAGACUAUGUCUUACAAUACAGAUGUGGUCAUUUCAUAUCCUUAGCAGUGAUAUUUAUAGGUGUGGCAAGAAGACUCGGUUUACGCUGCGAGGUAUCAGAUAUACCGUCACAUUUCUUCUUAAAAUGGAAGCCAAAAUACAAUGAAAAUGAAAAUGAAAUAAAUUUAUAUAUUGACUUACUAAAUCGUGGAAACCUUAGAGAUUUCACGGAUUGCCCGAUGAUGCGCAAUGUUACAAGUAUGGACAAAUGUCCCAUGAAAUUUUUUGCACGCGAUAACACAAUCUUUGGAAAGAUAAUAAAACAGACGAUUAUAAAUGUUCUCCGGAUUACUCAAUUAAGGCAAGUUGAAGAAACAUAUGACUUGCUGCAAUUACAGCUCUUAGUAGAACCAACCAAUUCGGACAAACUUGUUCAGCUGCACAGACACUGUUCAACGUACUACUUGAAUUUCAAAGGUUUCUUUGAUACAUUAGAGAGAUUCAAAGAAAUAUUCCACACAAUUGGCGAUAAGGUUGUCGGAACUCCACUUUAUAUCGAAGGUUUAUUUAAUCACAUGGGAAUACAUAAGCUUACGCAUGUACUCGAAAACAAUACAACUACGAUUUCCAAACCGCUUAGAAAUCCAGAGGAAAGACCAAAAGAUAUGAAAUAUGCAGUUGGAAUGCUUGUCUCGUGGGUCAAUACUCCAAAUUUCACAAGCAACACUGGUGUAAUAAUCGGAUGGUAUCUAAACAGCCAAUCUUGGGAACAAUACAAGGGUCCAUAUAAAAUUGAUAUUAUUUUUAAUCAUGAAACUUCAAACAGAUGCUCAUUCCGUCCAAAUAGUUGGCCGUAUUAUAAAGUCCUUUGUAACAAUCAUAGAAAAGAGAUUUACGUUGCUGAAGGAUGUAUAAAACCUUCCGAUCAGUGGAUCUACCACAAAAUUCAUAACGACGAAAUUGGCCGAUAUUUUUGUAGUUUUAAGGGUAGUCAUUACGUGCCAAAUGAAAUACUGGCGAAAGAGUAUCCGUACGAUAGAGAUUAUCUGGUUCAACGUUAUGAAAAAUUAAGGAGGCAUCACACACAUUUUCUGGCUCAUUCUCUUCCGCGAUGAGCAAUGUUCCAAGAUCAAAUUCGCGCGCAGCACAUUCUGCAUAAAUUUUUCGUACGGAUCAGAAAUAUAAAAAAGGAAUAAAAAUAUGUUAACACAUUUAUAAUAUAAUCGUAUAUAUAUAAAGUAAAGUUAAUUUUUUGUAAAAAAUGAUAUUUCUAUUGUUGACCGCGUGAGAAUCGUCUGCAUAAAUGUUCGAACGGUAAAAGCAAAAAAAUAUACUUUCAAAAAUAGUUUUUUUUUUUUUAUUUAUUUAUUUGUUUUUAGUUUUUAUUUUUUAUUUUGUAGUGAUGUACGCAACGUUUAAUUUUCUAAUUAUCUGUCAUAUAUUGUUUUGCAAACAAGAAGAAUACUUUUUGUGACAAUUGAUUAAAAUGUACAGAUAUUUAGUUUGUAUCACAUUUUAUUUUGCAAAACAUUUCCAAAAAUAAAUU